AUGAGGUAUAAGGUCAUCUUUUCUGGACUAUCGUGUAUGGCCUAUUUGAGCAUCAUUUUUCAAAAACUGUUUUAUAAAUCUAAAGUUAAGAAACUGCGCAGCUUUUCAAAGACCGCUACUGAUGGCGAGGCUACUGAACAGGGGAAAUCACAGGCCGAUAGCAACACUGGUGACGCUAUGUCUAAGGCUACCACUGCGAACUCGUCUGGUGAAAAAUUAAAGCACUCUGAAACCUCGGACCCUCAAACGCUCAGCAACAGUGGCACCCCUAGUACCACUUCUAGCAACCACUACGUGGCCACCAAAGGCACAGAUAAAAUGGCUUCAAGUGGUGUGGCAAAGAAGGACUUUGAAUCUACUAAAAUAUUUGUCUAUAAAUCUGUCGAUGGAGUAGGCAAUGAAAUUCCACACACCAUGGAAUCCCUUAAUCGUGUGUAA